AUGGGAAAAGACGGCACAGAAUCUCGGAGUACAGUGCCAUACGACCGGUUGGCGCAGGAUCCAGGAUCAACAGCUGAUGUUUUGGAAACGCAGCAAACUAAUAACGACGCAGGUAUUGUAGCAAGGGACCACCGAGAGAUAAGACGAAAUCUUCCCGUGAACGGUUCCAAUUGGAACGACGCGCAUCACGUCACCAGUAUGGGUGGGGAAGAGCCAGAAGCAACUAGCGCAGAACAAGAACAACUUUUUGCCGACUAUCGCGACGAAGAGCGCAAAGAUUCGAUCGAAGAAACACCCGCCACGACUGAAGGGAUGGAGCGUGGCAACCGAAACAGCAAUCGGAACGUAAACAAUCGGGCAAUCGACCGUGGUGUCACGUUUAGUCGGAAGCUACUACUCGCCAAUCUGCUGAUCAAUGGAUUAAUGUUUGCCGUGGCCGGAUACAUAACUUAUCAUUGUUUCAACAAGGCAAUGGUGCUCUUCUCCUGGCAUCCAACGUUCAUGUCGAUCGGGUAUUUGAUUCUAAUGUCUCAAGCCGUGCUUACGAUGUCUGGAACGAACUAUUUCACACACCGUUGUCACCAUCGGACGAAAGUGUUUCUACACUGGCUACUGCAGGCGGUAGCCGGCGUACUGAUCACGAUCGCUUCCGUGUGCAUCUUUCUCAACAAAGUGCGCCUUGGAAAACCCCACUUUCAGACGCUGCAUGGUAUAUUCGGUCUUGUAACCGUGUGCUUUACGCUGGCAUCCAUCGGGGGCGGUGUUACAACAAAGUAUGCCUUUCAGCUGCGCCACUAUAUACGCCCGAUUUAUAGCAAGCUGAUGCACGGUAUUGCUGGAACCGUUGCGUAUCUGUUGGCUACAACGACAAUUUCGUUGGGCGUUUAUUCGCGCUGGUUCCAGGAGGAUAACGACGCUAACGUGCGCCUUACGCUGGUGAUUGCGAUUGGGACGAUCGCGCUUUACGUGGUAGUUGCACCGAUCUUUAAUUUGGUGCUGCGAAUCAAAACUGCUGUCAGGAAUACGCUUUAA